ACCCGCUAGAACAAAUAGGGAAAAAGGAAGCCGCGGUGAGAUAGAAAAUUCACACUUGGCCUUCCUCCCUAAUCCCACUUAUCAGCAUCACGCCAUCGCGCCCCCGCCUGAGCGCCGUCUUCGGUCGCCAUCCCUGCAUCGCCGCUGCCGCCAUGCGCCGCUUCGCAGCCGACAGGGCGCGCCGUGCGGUGGCCACGUCCCUGCGCGGCGCGGCGUCCAGAUCAGCAGCGCCGUCGCCUCACGCUCCGGCGCCGCGUCAUCCAGCCGCCCCGGUGGGGGCGGCGGCGAUGGCGGCCGCCAUGGCGAGGGCCAUGUCCACGGCGGCCGUCGGCGCGCCGCCAGUGUCACUCAACACCAUCAACCCCAAGGUCUUGAAGUGUGAAUAUGCAGUUCGGGGAGAGAUUGUUACACAUGCUCAGAACUUACAACAAGAAUUGCAGAAAAAUCCAGAAUCACUUCCUUUCGACGAGAUACUCUACUGUAAUAUUGGAAAUCCCCAAUCACUUGGACAACAACCAGUUACCUAUUUCAGAGAAGUUCUCUCUUUAUGUGAUCAUCCAGCUCUGCUGGAUAAAAGCGAAACUCAUGCUUUGUACAGUUCAGAUGCUAUAGAGAGAGCAUGGCAAAUUCUAGAGAAGAUACCAGGUAGAGCGACAGGAGCAUAUAGCCAUAGUCAGGGUGUAAAAGGUUUACGUGAUGAAAUUGCUGCUGGAAUUGCUGCACGUGAUGGGUUUCACGCAAGCGGAGAUAACAUCUUCCUAACAGAUGGAGCAAGCCCAGCAGUGCACAUGAUGAUGCAGUUGCUGAUAAGUUCUGAGAAGGAUGGCAUUCUCUGCCCUAUUCCACAGUACCCACUGUACUCUGCAUCGAUUGCUCUUCACGGUGGUUCCCUUGUUCCUUAUUACCUUGAUGAAGAGACAGGGUGGGGACUCGAGGUUGAUGAACUGAAGAAACAACUGGAGGAGGCUCGAUCUAAGGGCAUCACUGUGAGGGCGCUUGUUGUCAUAAAUCCAGGGAAUCCAACAGGACAGGUUCUUGCUGAGGAAAACCAAAAGAAAAUUGUCGAAUUCUGCAAGAAUGAAGGACUUGUUCUUCUUGCGGAUGAGGUUUACCAAGAAAAUGUAUAUGUUGAAGAUAAGAAAUUCCACUCAUUCAAAAAAAUUGCACGGUCACUGGGAUACACUGAUGAUGAUCUUCCUUUGGUAUCAUUCCAGUCGGUUUCUAAAGGCUUCUACGGAGAAUGUGGAAAACGAGGUGGUUAUAUGGAGAUAACUGGAUUCAGUCCUGAAGUACGGGAACAAAUUUACAAGGUGGCAUCAGUAAAUCUAUGCUCCAAUGUUUCAGGGCAAAUUCUUGCUAGCCUUGUAAUGAACCCACCAAAGGCUGGGGAUGAAUCCUUUGAAUCCUUCAUGUUAGAGAGGGAUGGUAUCCUUUCAUCAUUGGCUCGGCGUGCAAAGGCUUUGGAAGAAGCAUUCAAUAGUUUAGAAGGUAUUACAUGCAAUAAAGCCGAAGGUGCAAUGUAUCUGUUCCCACGCCUUCAUUUACCCCAGAAGGCAAUUGGAGCUGCCCAAGCAGCUGGCACUGCCCCAGAUGCAUACUAUGCUAAACGCCUACUAGAAGCCACUGGGAUUGUUGUUGUCCCUGGCUCUGGUUUUGGACAGGUCCCUGGAACAUGGCACUUCAGAUGCACGAUACUGCCGCAGGAGGACAAAAUACCAGCAAUAAUAUCUAGGUUCAAGGAGUUUCACGAGAAGUUCAUGGAUGAAUUCCGUGAUUGAGUAUCCAUCACCUGCGUCCAUCUCACUCUUGGCAUACCAUCAGUUUCCUGCCAGAAGGCAUCCUGUAAUUUUUCUGUUGAAAUAAUAAGGUUGUCAAUUGGUGUCCCCCACUCAUCGUCCUAUGGAUGCUACAACCAAACACCAUCCUAACUUCUGUUACAGGCAGAUCCUAUGAAACCUUACAGAAUCUCGGGCACUGCAUAUCAUGCUUCUGUUUGCCUUGUGAGAAGUAUAUUUAGGCUGCUAGGUUCUGAGCCCUGAUGUGUACAAACAUACCCGAAUUUUGAGAAGUUGAAAUGUCUCGGCGCAUCCUGAAAUUCUGCCUUGUGUCGAGGCGGAGAAUCUUUACUGUCCA